AUGCUGAGCGCAGGGCUGGACCGGGCCGGGGCCACCAGCUUCGCCCUGUCCUGUGUGGGUAACAUCACCAUUGGAACACCCACUGAGGAGUUUCAGGUUAUCUUUGAUACAGGCUCAUCUGACUUGUGGGUACCCUCCAUCUUUUGCAACAGUCCAUCAUGUUAUACAUGCAAUGCCUUCAAAUAUUACGAGUCUUCCACCUAUCGGGAUAUGAACACGCCCUUCAACAUCAUCUAUGGAACUGGGAUAAUGAAGGGAUUUCUUGCUUAUGACUCCAUACAGAUUGGGGACCUUGUUAGCACUGACCAGCCAUUUGGCCUAAGCUUGGAGCUAAACAAGUUUGAUAAUACACCCUUUGAUGGCCACCUGAGCUUGGACUACCCCGACAUGUCCAUCAUAGGAACCAUCCCCAUCUUUGACAACCUGAAAAAACAAGGUGCCAUUUCUGAGCCUGUCUUUGCCUUCUACUUGAGCAAAUGCAGGGGGAAGGGCAGUGUGGAGAUGUUUGGUGGUGUGGACAAAGGCUACUACCAGAGAGAGCUCAACUGGAUACCAUUGACCCAAGCAGGUGACUGGUGUGUAAACAUGGACCACAUCUCCAUGAAAAGAAAGGUCAUUGCUUGUUCUUGUGGAUGUCAUGCCAUUGUGGACACUGGGACAUCACUGAUCGUUGGCCCAACAAUGCUGGUCAAUAACAUCCAGAAGCUCAUUGGGGCCACUCCAUGGGGUCCCAAGCACUAUGUUUCAUGUUUUGUGGUCAAUACCCUGCCUCUCUUCACCAUCAACAGCAUCAAGUACCCAGGGCCAGCUCAAGCCUACAUCCUCAAGGAUUCUCGAGGCCACUGUUUUAGCACCUUUCAAGGGGGCACAGAGGAAGAUAACAACUCAGAGACCUGGAUCCUGGGUCAUGUCUUCUUGUGGCUCUAUUUCUCUGUUUAUGAUCCAGGAAAUGACAGAAUUGGCCUGGCUCCGGCAGUGUAA